AGCACAGACUGAGACUGAUCAUGGCUAAAGAGCAGAAAAUGCAGAGUUCUCCCCAAGCCCUAAAGGCUGGUCACCUUCCUGCAGUGAAAGCUGGAGGAAUGAGGGUUUCCAAAAAACAAGGUAACGAAGAAAACAGUGCGCCCGAGAAAAAUGCAAAGAAAACCUUGCAGGAGAAACCAAGCUCUGUUCUUAACAUGACAAAGAUGCAAGCAAUGAAUAUUUUGGCUGGAGAGCUAGAGAAGCUCAGCCACGACUUUCCUGGAGAAGCCGCACAGAUUGCGCAUCAAAAACCACGGCCUACUGUUGAGAAGACCAUUCUGCCGAAAAGGCUCUACAUUAUUCAGCAGCCUCGCAGAUGUUAGAUUGCAUGUACUCUGGUGUCAUGUACAUAAGUAAAAGAAGAAAAUAACUGUCACUUUUCCCUGAAUAAUCGGUUUUGUACCAUUUUUGAUAAAGCACUUUGCAUUGAAAGCA